UGGCAUAACGACCUCAAUUCCCAGGGAUCCUCCAAGGUACAACGAACAUUGGCGAUUUCAUCGAAGGUUACAAGAUUGAAGACCUCAAAAAAUAGCCGUUCGCCACUGUCAAGAACCUUCCUCCUCAAUAGGUUGGACAAAGCAAACCACCGUCCCUUGUUGUUUACGACAACGCGACGAUUCAGAGGUGAAUGGACAGGUCGAGCAUCAAGAACAAUACGGCAGAAGCGAAGGAAGCAUUCACGGACUAUCCAUCCAAUUUCAAAUGGAACGGAAUGCCGUAUUCUGUCCCGUUGGAAGAUUUGUCAUCAAAACAGUUGA